AUUUUCCCUCUCUUUCCCCCCGUCUAAACCCUAUCUUUCACUUCUCUCUCUUCUGUAAUCUGUAUCGCUUCCACUAUUCUCCGCCACGCGUUCCCACCUACAUCUUUGCCUUCUUCCCAAUCCCUUCAUCACCCUCCAUUUUGAUUCUCCUCCAUGAAACCCCUCUUCCGAUUUCGAUUGCCUUCCCAUUUCUGCCUCACAACUCACUACUGAGCUUCCCCAUCCGUUUCUUUUUUCCGAUUUCAUUCACCAUAAUGGCCAUUCCUUAUCUCCCCAAAUUCAUCGCCUCCGACACCUCUUCCAUGGUCGGGCCUCUCCUCGCUCCCUCUUCUGCGCCUCUUUCUCCGCCUAUUUUCACUCAGGAUGAUUUCAAGAAGGCUGCCGCCUACAAGGCUGUCGAAUUCGUUCACUCCGGUAUGGUUUUAGGGCUCGGAACCGGCUCCACUGCCAGGCACGCUGUCGACCGGAUCGGCGACCUUCUCCGACAGGGGAAGCUCAAGGACAUCGUCGGAAUACCUACCUCCAAAAAGACCUACGACCAAGCCGUCUCGUUGGGAAUACCUUUGUCCGAUCUCGAUUCGCAUCCUGUCAUCGAUCUCGCCAUCGACGGCGCCGAUGAGGUCGAUCCCGAUCUUAAUUUGGUGAAAGGCAGAGGCGGCUCCCUCCUCCGUGAGAAGAUGGUCGAAUGUGUUUGUAAAAAGUUCAUAGUCAUUGUCGACGAGUCCAAGCUCGUCGACUUCAUUGGCGGCAGUGGUCUCGCAAUGCCCGUCGAGGUUGUGCCCUAUUGCUGGAAAUUCACCGCCGUUCGCCUUCAGAAUCUCUUCAAGGACUCCGGUUGCGUCACGAAGCUUCGAACCGUCGGAGAAAACGGAGAGCCCUAUGUCACGGACAACGAGAACUACAUCGUGGAUUUAUAUUUCAAUAAAGACAUAGGGGAUUUAAAGGUCGCCAGUGACAGAAUCUUGCGACUCGCCGGAGUGGUGGAACACGGUAUGUUUCUUGACAUGGCUACCACCGUCAUAGUUGCAGGUGAGCUAGGAAUUACAAUAAAGGAUAAGCAAUGAGAACAAUAGCAACCCAUUAGCGGGAGGAGCUUAGAUUUGAUCCAUAUGUUAUAGAAUUUCGAUUUUAUUGUUCACUCUGAUAGAUAUUUAUAGAAAUUUGGAGAAAUCUGCAUCAUAACCUUUGAGUCUCUAAGAGGAGAAGACCUUCGAUUACACAGAAUCGCUUUGAUUACAUAAUCUACGUUGAAAUGAAGAGUCAGAACCAAACAGAGUAGCUGUGGCUGUGAACAUAACUGUCUUUGAGUUUACAACUUGUUUAGAAAGAUUAGGUGAGUUGAGCAGUGUCCAAUGUUUGAAGGUUAUGUCAUGUCAUGUCAGAUUUCAAUAGCAAUAACUUAUAAAAUCUGGCCAUCAUUCUCAGUUUUGGUGCUCU